AUGAGCUUUAACAUCGACGCCUUGCGCUCAGUGCUUACCGAUCCCGUCCGCACCAUUGCCUCCUCGAAUGCCUGCACGGCUGCAGCUACCCAGGUGGACAAUGCCGCUCGCCAUGUCGCCCUCCAAAUGAACACGAGGGCGGAGAUUCUCACCGAGUUUGCAGCUCACAGCUCUGACAGCCUCUGGAGCCGCUUGGGCGCCUUUUGGCCCGCCCUCGCCGACGCGCUUGAGCCCUCCAGCACCGUGGGCAUUGAGGAGGCCAGGCAACUCGCCUUUGCGGCCGCCAAGUUGGAGCGCAACCUUGUCGCUGGCGUGAACGAGUACCAGCUCGAAUGCCUUCCCCACGCUCCCGACAUCCGCCGACUCAUCUUCAACGUCACCACUUUUUCUCGCAUUGAGGAUGAGGACUUCUUCUCCCUUCAGGCGACCCUGGCACAGCUGCUCUGCAACCUCGUGUCGCCGGUCGACAAUGACGACGCCAGUGCCAAGGAGCUCGCAGACAGUCAGCUCGCCAUCUACCUCUCUGGCAACCGUGAGGAUGACGUCGUCAUCCGCCUACUCGACUCACGCAACGCUCGCACAAACGUCGCCACGCUCCACCUCCUCAACAACCUGACGCAGGAUGAGACCCGUCUGAGCUCCCUGCUCGAACCGAUCGGUAUCCGCUGGUUGGCCCAGAUCCUGGGUCGCAUGGAUGACUGGCUCGACCACGAUGACGGCCGUUUUGAGCUCGCCGCCCGCAUCUUCAACCGCAUGAUCGAGCAGACUCUCACGACGCAACUGUUUGAAGACCUUGCCAUGGGCGACGAGGUUAUCACCCCUAGUCAGACGACUCUCUUGAAGCUCGUCGACUCGGCUCUCGCUGCCCCGCCCGCGCCCCGUCCCAACCCCCUUCACUCACAGUUUGCCUUCAUUCUCCCCCUCUGGCACAACCUGGCCAAAUACGCAGUCAUCAGCAUGAGGUCGGGCCAGGACGACGCGCGUCUGCCAAAGAUCCUUAUUGGACUGGUACUGGCCUGUGAAUCGCUGUCGGCAAUCGCCCUCAACGUGCAAGAGCGUAUCGACGAGGCCAAGUACGGCGGCGACGUUGUUGUUCCUGGCGGCGACGAGGCCAUGGUGGCGGCCAUGAAGAGCGGUCCCCAGUGCGUCAUCCCCCCGCUCGUCGGCGUUCUGCGCGAGACCAACACCUUCCUCCCGCGAAUCAAGCCCACCGCCGAGGCCCCCGACGCGUCGUUGCCGUUUGCAAACGUCAAGCGCGACCUCGUCCGUCUUCUGGCCGUGCUGGCAUUUGACGACCCCACCAUUGGUGACGCCGUGCGCGCCGAGGGCGGUGUCGAGCUCGUCCUCUCCCUGUGCGAGACCGACGACCGCAACCCUUACCUCCGUGAACACGCGCUUCUCGCCGUGCGUAACCUCAUGAUGGGUAACCCUGCCAAUCAGGAGAUUAUGCGUCAAAUGGACCCUGUGGGUGUUGUGGGCGAUAACGGAGAGCUGCUUCCCUUGCCGGAGAAGCUCAAGAAGAAGAUGGCAGAGGACAAGGCCAAGCAGGCCGAGGCCGCCACUAUUGCGGAAGAGGUCGAGCCAACCGAGGGCGAGUCGACAUCUGAGCCCGCCCAGUAG